AUGGCUCCGCCCUACCCACCUUCCGCCGCCGCCGCCGCCGCCGCCCGGCUCCUCCUCUUCUCCGUCCUCAUCGCCGCCUCCUUCUCUUGCAGCGCCGCCGCCGCCGGCGAUGUUCCCCGGGCGUUAACCCUGGAUUCCGUGAGAGAGUCCCUCAUCCGGCAGGAGGACUCCAUCGUCUUCUCCCUCCUCGAGAGGGCGAUGCACCGGCGCAACUCCGCCGCCUACGACUCUUCAUUCCUCCCACCGGCGUCCCUCGCCGAGUUCUUUGUCCGCCAGUCUGAGAUCAUCUCCGCCAAGGUUGGCCACCCCCCUCCACCUCCCACCAAAAAACCCUAAUCCAAGUCCUCACUGUUACUGUAAUUUUUUCCCAAAAUCUGGCAGGCAGGGAGAUAUCUGAACCCAGAGGAAGUGCCCUUCUUCCCCGAUUAUCUUCCAGAGCCGCUGGUUCAUCCGCACAGCCCCCCGCAGGUGGGAUCGCCUCCUACUCGUCCGCCAUGGAAUUUGAGGUGUGCUAAUUUCCCAGACAUCUCUAGGUUCUUCUACACCCCGCAUCCGCCACAGUGAAUGUGAGCAAGGAGAUAUGGAGGAUCUACACCAGAGAGAUGGUCGCGCUGUUCACGGAGGAGGGUGACGACGGUGACCAUGGAUCCACUGUGGCGAGCGAUCUGGUGCUCUUGCAGGUAAGAUCACAGGGAAAUGCGAUGAAAAUGUAUAAGAUUUUGUGUCGGAAACCAUGGUCAACCGCGGAAAAAUGUGGUCGAUCCUGAGCAGGCUCUGUCGAGGAGAAUCCAUUAUGGGAGGUUUGUGGCAGAAGUCAAGUUCAGAGAUGCGCCGGAUGACUACAUCCCCCUCAUAAAGUCAAAGGUCGUUGACAAUAGAUCCCUACUUACGCACAAGCUGCUUUCGAUUCGGGUCUAUUCCAUAGAACAAUUUCCCCCCUUCUUUUUUACUGACAUGUUUUUAUAUUUUGCAGGAUCGGGUUGGGCUGAUGGAGCUGUUGACUUUUGCGGACGUGGAGGAGUCAGUCAAGAGAAGGGUGGAGAAGAAAGCCAUGCUCUUUGGGCAGAACGUCACUCUAGAUGACAAGGCUGGGAGGAACAACACAGGCGGCAGAGGCAAGUACAAGGUUGACCCGGAGGUCGCCGCCCGGAUCUAUGGAGAGUGGGUUAUCCCUCUGACCAAGCUCGUUCAGGUCGAGUACCUCCUUCGACGGCUCCAUUGA